GGGUUUGGUGAUGUGGGGCUGAAUAAUGUGAGGAAGACGUUCUUGGUGGCUCAUUUUAAUUGUAAUGCUGGAUUUUUGGUCCUGGUGAGACACAUGGUUAGGUUAACGGCUCCUUUCAUAGACUGGACUGUCAUGUAGUAGCAAACUGAUACAUACAGCGCUGUCAGGAGGAUCAUUGUACAUCUCGCCCCCUUAUCAGACUGUUCUUCACAAAUGGAUUAGUGUCUAAAUCUCCUGUAAUUGUAGGUUCAGUUGUCUGUUUUCCUGUGAUUAGCCUACUAGCCUCACUAGCCUCACCCGCCAGACUGCGCAGGUGUUUGUAGCAAUGGUUGAAUUUAAAUUGAACAGGCAGCAGAUUUGUGUUUUAACCGCCGUGGCAUUGUUGUUUUUCAUUGUCUCAGCUGCAUGUUUCUCCUCCCGGCCAGUCAUUAUCACAAGGAUGGGCAACUUUACAUCCAUUGGGGGGCUGUCAAGCACAGAGUCUGCCCAGUUUGUACAGGAUGUUGUGGCCCAUAACUGUGUUGUGAUAUUCUCCAAGACAACGUGCCCGUAUUGCAAGAUGGCCAAGAAUGUCUUUAAUGAGAUAGGAGCCGCUUACAAAGUGAUCGAAUUGGAUGAACACAAUCAUGGCAGACAGCUUCAAGAGGCCUUGGCACAAAUGACUGGCGCCAGAACGGUACCAAGAGUUUUUAUCAACGGUCAGUGCAUCGGAGGAGGCUCUGAUACACGGCAGCUUCACCAACAGGGGAAACUGUUACCUCUGAUUGAGAAGUGUAGCCCGUGCUGCCUGAACAGCGGUCCAGAGGGAUCAGGGAGUGGACAAAAUCCCUCCAGGCUGUCUUAACCAAUAUGUACAUUGACCCAUUUUUGCACUAUUGCCAUCUUUUCAGAGCCACUAGAUUUUUAGGAGUAUAGAUGAUGAACAGCUGGGAAGAGCAGUGCCAACAGACACUUUCAGUCACCAAAUCCUGUUGUUUUUGGGUUUUUGACAAGUUGAUUUGACUUGGAACUGGAGUUGUAUUUGCUGUAAAUCAUUUAUUUCCCUGGAAAUCUACUCCUGUAGUGUAAAUACUGUUCAAAGUCUUUGUAGGUAUAGGUGGUUUUUUAUUUAUUUUGGAUUGUAUUUUAGUUUUUAAAUGAUGUAAGUUAUCCUACCUCAGUAUUAAAUUGUAUUGUAUUUUUAACAAGUGAAUGGAACUAUUUACUGUCCUUGCCCAAAAAGCAGCAUGUUUGUGUUCAAAUGGGUGGUGGAAAUUUUUACACUAUUUUAAAGUGAAUUCAAAUGAUUGGGAAAUGAUUCCCUCUUCCCUGUAUUUUCCAUAUAAUGGUAUGAAAAAACAUUUGGCACCUCUGGUCAAAUAACAUUUUUGUUUAUGUUUUCUGUGAUAAUAAGUAAACUUCCUCCUCUGCACAUUUUAAUGCACAAUUACAGUUUAUUUACUGAAUUUUACAUAGUGACAAAACAUAAAAUGUGACCUGUGCAAAAGUUAUAGAAUUUUUUCCAAUAUGGAAACAAACAACACUAAAUUUCCAGAGAAAUGCCAUUUUUAAGUUUGCUCACUGUAGAGGGUGCGUUAACUUAUUUUCACUUAGAAAAUCAACAAAGCAUAGUUUGCCUGGGGGUGUACAAACUUUUGCAUAUGACUGUAUAUUCCUCAGAAUGUUGCAUGCAUGUCAAUACACUGUGUAGCAUGUGCUCAGUGACUAUGGGCCGAGACAAAGAUCUGAAAAUUCAGGCGAGAAUGACUCUUGAUUAACAUGACACAUACAUCUACAUUAUGUGUUAUGAAAUUCAAAAACAAUAACUUGCUAAUAAAAGGAAUGCUUUGUA